GUGGUCUUUGUUUUUUUUAUUUGCCAAUAUGAAGACUGCACGGUCUUAGGGUGCGCUUUCUCGGCGGCGAUUGACCGUGGAGACUGUAGAAAGUUCCUUUUCUGGCGGCAGCUGUGGGGAUUGAAUGGGGUGGGGUGUGUACGUUGAAAGACUAUUGUGUAAUCCAUGGCCCAUCCUGCUGUUAUCACUUGCGGAUUCAUUCCUGGCUGUGGGCUGUGAGCAGCACCUUGACCAAAGUGUUAGUCUUUGCUUACCAUCCAUCGAUCCACAUUCCCGGAGAGUGCCAUGUCCUGUAGAUAGGACAUGUGCGUAUGAGAGGACAACUCACCAGUGUUUGUGCUCGACCAGCCGCUUGCGUUGUUUACUCUCACGACUCGCUCAUGGGAAUUAAAGAGGGGAUACGUACAAAGAAGGAGCCCAGACCGAGCUCCCCAACCCCCGCCAGCAUACUGAAAUAGAGUGAGGG